AUGGCGACCGAAGUGUCUGCCGCCCAACGUGCCCUUCACUUGCCUGAGCUGCUCAGCAUAAUCUUCAUGUUCCUUCACAUCUCCCCCGAUCGGUUUGACGACCUAUAUGCGGAAACAGUUCCAGUAUCCAUAAGCUGGGGCGGUGAUGUUGACACUCUACGCAACUGCGCCCUGGUGAACAAACGUUGGAAUGACGAGGCUGUGCGGUACCUGUGGAAAAAUUUCUCCCACGACGACAUAUCCCUGGAGUACUAUCUUUUCCCUAUCGUUCCUUCGCGGAGGCAGUUCUACGCUCAGCAUAUUGAAGCCGCCAACUGGCAUAAUUGUGGUUACUACGAUCAUCACGCCUCCUGGAUGAGCGAAUUGAUGUUUGCUCGUUUAACGAUUCUAUUCAAAUAUUAUUCUGAUGGAUGCUCGGAUUACGAUUAUUCUCCUCCUCCGCACAUCAACGCGCCCCGACUCGAGGAUGUCGAGACCAAGAAGGCGAAGAUUCUAGCUCUGACAAAGCAGGUGGAGAUUCCAAUUCAAGUGAAGGACACGAAAGUCCCGGAAAUGGUGCAGGACACAGCUAAGGCACAGGGGUCGCGAGAAGGGUUAUGA